UUGUUUAUGUUUGUUUAUCGUUCCGCUUUCGGGGCAUACAUUUGGCUUGCUUGCUGCAAUCAUGGAUAGCAUCAUCGUCGGCAGUCCGCUGUUUUCCGAACCAAAGCUAAUCGAGCUGGUGAAACGGAAACCAUUACUAUGGAACCACAAAGAUCCCUACUACAACAACAGGAAGCUGGAAAAGGACUGUUGGGCGGAAAUAAGCGAUCUGCUGGAAACGGACAUUGAAAUGUGUAAGAAAAAGUGGCAAGGUCUGCGCAACCAGUACCGGCGGGAGCAUUUGCGAACGAAAAACUCCAAGUGGAAACAUUACCAGCGCUUAAGCUUCCUUGCGGAAGUUUUAACCUCCAAAGCGAAGUCACGCAGCGGCCUUUCCGAAGGGGAAGACGAUGAUCCAAUCCGUAUUGAGCGGUCCGACACACCGAUGGAACAGAAUAGCUCCUUCAUGGAGGAACUGUACGACUCGCCCUAUUCAAAUGGAGUAGUGGCCAAAGAAGAACCGAAGGAGACAGCACACACGAUCCCACCGGCGGUUGGCACUGUUGCCCAUAACAGUAAUUAUUACUUUGCGCUUAGUUUAGUGGAGUUGUUGAAUGCCAUUCCGAAGCGAAACCAACUGGCCGCUCGAAUAGCUAUCCUGUCCAAGAUCAAUGAGUUUCCUACAGAGCAGGAAGAGGUUGGGCAAGGAGAUAUUAAUAAUUUUUCGUGAAUGUGCAGAAAGGUACACAUUCUGCACGAGUAUGAGACGUGUGCCGAUGGUGGUAUUUUAAAUCAAAUUAUACUUUUAGGAAUUUAUUGCACAGGAAUGUCGUCCAUACAUCGGUCAUUUUUACCCUGCUCCUUGCACCAUGCGUUGGUGUCUGCGUGACGACAUUGGAAACGAAAUACUUUUACCUUAUAAUACAUUAAAUUACAAGCUAAUAAACAUUUUAUUGAACUAGUAACUGUA